UUCAGACCAUUUCCUCAACUUUCCCCUCACCCGGAAGUUACCACCCUCCUUACUUUUCAUCACCUCCUCUCCCUCACUUUAUUCCUUCCCCUAUUCCCCAUUCUCUUCCUCCAUAAAACCAACACACAGACCCCCACUCUGACUCUCAGUCUACAGCUUCGCGUCAUCCAUGGCUGCUUCUCCAUCUGACUUAACCCUGGACUGCAACCCAACCAAGCCCACCAUGAAUCAAGACCAGAAGCCAUUGGAAGAGGAAAAGCUUCAAGACUUCCUCACUCGCCUGGAGGACGAAAGGCUCAAAAUUGACGCCUUUAAGCGCGAGCUCCCUCUCUGUAUGCAGCUCCUCAACAACGCCAUGGAGACUUACAAGCGGCAAUUAGAAGCAUACCAACCGAGCAAUGAAGCGCCAAGACCUGUGCUUGAAGAAUUCAUUCCUCUGAAAAACAUGAGCUUUGAAGAAUCCGAGAAGCCAUCUUCAUCGGACAAAGCCAGUUGGAUGGUUUCUGCGCAGCUGUGGAGCAGGGAUGAUGGCAGGGAGCCGGGACUGAAAUUAGAGGCUAAGACACGAUGUGGGGGAGCGUUCCAUCCGUUCUCCAAGGAGAAGAGCACGGAGCUGGCUUUGGUGUCCGGGGAGAAGGAGGUGGAGGUGAGGAGGUUGGAGAAGGAGAAUGGAGAGAAAGGUGGGAGGAGGGAGGGCGGAAGUAAGAGCGGAGGGGGAGAUCAGCUGCAGCAGAGUAAGGGGGGAGGAGGGAGCAAUGUGUCUUGUGACGGGUUGUCGGGGAGUCAGAGAAAGGCGAGGAGGUGCUGGUCGCCGGACUUGCACCGGCGGUUUGUCAAUGCGUUGCAGAUAUUAGGUGGUUCUCAAGCAACCAUUUCCAAUUUUCCAAUAGCAAUCUUCUCCUUUGAGAUACUAAUCAUCUUGAAAAAAUUUGCAAAGCUUUAUGGGAAGAAUAAAUACAGACUGCAUACAAGAAGACCGAUACCAGGGCCACCCGCGGUUGCUCCGGCGACCCCGCAGCUGCUGGUGUUGGGAGGCAUAUGGGUUCCUCCCGAUUACGCAACCUCGGCAACCGCAGCUGCAGCUCCCGCACUAUACGGCGCACACCCCCUGCCGGCCCACUAUUGCCAUUCGCCCCACGCGCCUCACGAUUACUAUCAGAGCCCGCCUCCCCCUGCGCUCGUGGCUGCUGCGGCUGCACAGUUUCACGGCCAGCUACCUCCGCCUGGCCGCAACGGAUGCGCGGAAUCCGAUCAGAGAAAGAGUGGUCGGGAGCGGUCGGAGAGCAUUGAGGAUGGGGAGAGGGAGGAGGAGGAGGAGGAGGAGGGUGAGGAGGAGGGGAAGCUGGAGGUGCUUGGUGGAUCUGAGGUUGUUCGUGAGCUUAUUUGA